UUAAGCAGCUGAAUUUUCCAUUUCCAGCCGUGCCGGAUCGCUUGCCGCGCACACGUGUGUUACGGGGAGCAUCUACGCGAGCGGCCCUGAAGCUCCGUUAAAAGAGCAUUAGCCGGCUGCUGGAGGGGACGAUUGUCGUGGGCACGUAAUAGCGGCGGAACAAACGGCGGCGGCACAGGACACCGAGAAGUCAGUCAAGCUGGGCGACAGGCGAGGAAAGCACAAGCGAGUCAGGAUGGCGGACGAGGGCGUAAUGCAGAACUCGCACGUCGCCAAGGAACUCGAUGUCGACGUUGUCAGCUCAAAGUCGAUAUUACUGAAAGUCAUCGAAGUGGUUGUAUCCAUAUUCGCGGUUGGUCUUGUCGUCGAUCCGUUCAAUUCAUUUCACCGAAUCUUCUUGUACCAGCCGAAACCGAAAAUUGAUGACAUCGCCAUAAUUUACGUGACAGUCGCGGGCUUCAUUCUGAUCAAUACCAUAUUGAUCAUUGGACAUAUGUUCGGUGACCGGAUGCCCAAGAGAACGUCUGUGCUAUUCUCAGCGACCGGAACGAUACUCCACAUUGUCGCCGGCAGUGUCGUUAUCCACAACUGGAGAAAACUUCACAGCAACUACGCUUACGUCUACAAUAACAAUACGUACGCGAGCAAGCAAUACGCGGAUAUGCUGAUAGCCGGGGCCUUCUUCACCUUCGUCGACGCCCUCGUCUUCGCCGUCGACGUCUUCUUUACAAUUAAAUACUUCUAAGAGGCGACCCACCAUCUUUCUCCUCUUCAUUUAAUUAUCUCGCUCUCGACGCCAUUAGCUAAUAUUAUAUGAAAGGUGCUCAAGCACACGCGAGCGUAUGCAGAACUUUUUUCAGAACAAUCGAGGAAGAGAAUGCUGCGCGUUAUAUGUAAUACAAGAGGACAAUUUCAAUAAUUCGACAAUUAUGACUCUGAUUGCUUGACCGUUCUACAAUAAUUGUGACGAUAAUCAUGAAUUUAUCCGACACGUCGUACCUUUCGUACGUUACCGACAAUUAGUUUACUUUAAUUUAUGGCUAACAGUCUCACCCGGUAGAUAGUAACUCAUCAGAUGCUUUAUUUGAAAAUUUGUAUUUAAAUUCACCGAUGGAUAAUAUCGACUUUCAAAUUUUAGCGACGCAGUACAACUCAA